CUCGUCGGUUUACCCGUCUUCCUCCCUAACAUCACCUUCAGAUUGAUGAGAAACCACACACCAGCAGGGAAGGAAUACAACCCGUACUUCGCAACCUUCAGAAUACCACGUUCACUCACAAAGCAAGACAUCAGAUCUUAUUUGUUAGCUGUCUACGGUGUUCGCUCUACCUGGAUACACACCGAUUUAUACCAGCCACGUCUGGUGAGAGGUAUGAACAUGCGCUGGAAGAGAAAGGGAAGAGGUGACGCUACCACCGGAAGGGGUUUCUACAAGAGAGCCCUCGUCGGUCUCGAAGAGCCAUUCUACUUCCCA